AUGUUAGUAAUCGGUAUUGUGUUCAUUGUGUUGUCUUCUGUGUUUUUCAUAACAUGUAAUUUAUUAUGCUGCCUAUGCGCGGGCCGAGGUGGAGGUAGGACGAAGAAGCUAUCAAACAUCGAAAAAGGUACGAAAAAGACCACCACUAGCAUCGGUAGCCGUGCCACACGAGAUGGGAAUAUGGUUGUUUUGGCUGGAGCGGGUGGUGCGGUAGUUGGCACGGCUAUAGCUAGUGGUGUCAUGACUAGUAACGAUAAACGUGAUUGUGAUAAUAAGGGUGGUAAUAGUAAUAUUAGUGGUGGUUGUGGGGUUGUAGUUGGAGGUGGUGGUAUGGAUAAUUCGGGUACAAAUCACGGGUGUUGUUGUGGCGGUGGUGGUGGUGAUGGUGGUGGUUGCGGUGGUGGUUGUGGUGGAUGUGGAGGUUAG